AUGAGGCCUUGCAGAAAGCUCAAUUUUUCUAUAUUCUCUAGGAUGAUUCUUCUUGCCUUCCUCAGCUGCUCUGUACAAAUAUUGUUGUGCUUUGGGAUAGGGUAUAGCAAUCCAAUUUUGGCCUCAGCAAUGACAGAUGUUGUUCCAGCUUUUACUUUCCUAAUUGCUGUAAUUGCAGGGAUGGAAAAGUUGGGAUUAAGGUUGAAAAGCACUCUGGCAAAGUUUAUUGGGACAACAAUAUUAAUACUUGGGGCACUGCUUAUGACUUUUUAUAGAGGCCCUCCAAUUUUUUCAAAUCAAUCAAUUACACCCUCCAAUAAUUUUCAUCAACUUCACAUCAGUACAAAAUCAAAUUGGAUCCUUGGAGGAUUUCUCCUUGCUACUGCUAAUUUGCUACUUGCAAUCUUGUACAUAGUCCAGGCAUGGACUAUAAAUGAUUAUCCAGAAGAAUUCGUGGUGACUACUGUUACUUGUGGCUUAGUAACAAUUAUUUCAGGUGUGGUUGGAUUAAUUGCUGAACAAAAUUUGAGUUCUUGGAGACUUAAACCAGAUUUGGAGUUGAUUACUGUUUGUUAUGCUGCAAUUUUGAUGAUUGUCCUUAGAAGUCUAGUUUUUAUUUGGGCAUUGAAGAAGAAAGGACCUGUUUUUGUUGUAAUGAUAAAGCCACUUGGAAUGAUAGCUGCAGUCAUAAUGGGGGUCAUUUUUCUUGGUGAUGUUCUUCAUGUUGGAAAUAUAAUUGGUGGAAUGAUCAUAGCUUUGGGUUUUUAUUGUGUGAUGUGGGGAAAAGCUAAAGAGGAAAUGUGUGUUAAAGACAUAAGCAAGGAUUCUACAAGAGUAUCUUUACUACAUAGGCAAAGUGAUAAUAAUGCAUGAGUGU